CCUCAGUCUCACCCUUAGUAUUUUUCUCAAUAAAGCAAAAAAAAAUACUUACUCUAGAGCACACUUUCUAGACUGUUCGAAACGAAAUCAACCCAUAUUUAAAAAAGUUGACCAAAAUUAAAUACGAUCCUUAAAAGUUCAACGAAUCAUAGUCCGUUUCCUACUACCAGUAAAUCUCUCAAUUGAAAUGGUGAAGAUUCAGCUUUUACUGUUGCUUCUGUUUAGCUUCCAUUCUUCUCUGUUGUUAUUACUACCUUGUUCUGCUCAAGCUGAAAUCUUUUUUGAAGAAAGAUUUGAUGAUGGAUGGAGGGAUCGAUGGGUUGUAUCAGAUUGGAAAAGGAGUGAGGGGAAGGCAGGCUCAUUUAAGCAUACUGCUGGUACAUGGUCUGGAGAUCCUGAUGAUAAAGGUAUCCAGACUACUAAAGAUGCAAAGCAUUUUGCAAUAUCAGCAAAAUUUCCUGAAUUUAACAACAGGAAUAGAACUCUUGUUGUCCAGUAUUCAGUGAAAUUUGAACAGGAUAUUGAGUGUGGAGGAGGAUACAUAAAGCUUCUUUCUGGAUAUGUAAAUCAAAAGAAAUUUGGUGGAGACACACCAUACAGUUUGAUGUUUGGACCAGAUCUUUGUGGCACACAAACCAAAAAGCUUCAUCUUAUAGUCUCCUAUCAAGGACAGAAUUAUCCCAUCAGGAAGGAUCUGGAAUGUGAAACCGACAAACUGACACAUUUUUAUACCUUCAUCCUUCGGCCUGAUGCAUCAUACAGUUUACUGGUCGACAAUCGGGAAAGAGAUUCAGGAAGCUUGUAUACAGACUGGGAUAUUCUUCCACCAAGAAAGAUUAAAGAUGUUAAGGCCAAAAAGCCGGCAGACUGGGAUGAUAGAGAAUAUAUUGAUGACCCUAAUGCUGUAAAGCCCGAGGGGUAUGACUCAAUUCCAGCUGAGAUACCUGAUCCUAAGGCCAAAAAGCCUGAUUACUGGGAUGAAGAUGAUGAUGGAAUAUGGCGACCCCCGAAGAUUCCAAAUCCUGCUUAUAAAGGACCAUGGAAGCCUAAGAAAGUCAAGAACCCGAACUACAAAGGAAAAUGGAAGACUCCGUGGGUUGACAAUCCAGAGUUUGAAGAUGAUCCAGAUCUUUAUGUGUUAAGACCCAUUAAAUAUGUUGGUAUUGAGGUUUGGCAGGUCAAAGCUGGUUCAGUUUUCGACAACAUCUUAAUCUGUGAUGAUCCACAAUAUGCAAAACAGAUUGUGGAGGAUUAUUUUGUCAAUAACAGAGAGGCCGAAAAGGAUGCAUUUGAGGAAGCAGAGAAAGAGAGAAAGGCUCGGGAAGAAGAGGAAGCUCAAAGAGCAAGGGAAGAAGGUGAAAGGAGGAGAAGAGAGAGAGACCAGCGUCGGGGCGAUAGAAGGCGGAGAAGGCAUGACCCUCGUGAUUACUUGGACGACUAUCAUGAUGAAUUAUGAAAAGUCGGUCCAGCAAUUUUCAACGCGCUUGGAGCUUUUCAACGACUAAUUACUAAGCCGAAGUCCUUUUUGGUGCCUGUGGUGAAUGGUGAUACGACUUUCCUUCAUAACAUUUGAAUCUUUAUCUGUGUACGAAGUCGAGAUUGUUAUAAUUUGAUAGCCUUCUGUCUGUGUUGUAACCUUGAGGGUCUCAUUCUGAACCGAGUCAAGUAACAUGUUCGAGCAAAUUGCUUCACUCUGCAAUUGAAGUUCUAAGAACACACUCGAAUAAAACUUAUUAGUUUCCUAAUUUGGAAGUGUAAAGGUUUUAUGCUUAGGCAACGUUGAUUUAGUUAUACUAUUUAUAAUUGUGGACAAAUUA